GUUUUAUUAAUUUUUGUAUUUAUUUACUGCUUAAUUAGAGGAAAGAAUUAACCUUCAACGUUCUUAGAAACCAUGGUUAAGCUUUAGGCAGCAGUGUAUUUCCACAAACUAUGCAUCAUGAAGUCAACCAGCUUUUCUUCUAGCCCUGCUAAGUACUAUGAUAACAGUGCCUCCAUUUUGUCUCUGGAAUCAAGUGUCUUCUAUAGUGAACAACACCUAAAUGAAAAACCUUUAGAUUUUUUUAUUAUAAAUGUGGGAGGUAGCAGGUAUGUGCUAACUCAAGAAAUGCUGGCAUCCUACCCUGAGACACGCCUCGGUAAGCUAGCACUGUCAGCACGGGAGGCUGUGUUGGACCUUUGUGAUGAUGCUAACUUUGUGGAAAACGAAUUCUUUUUUGACAGAAAUUCGCAGACCUUCAAAUACAUCAUGAACUAUUAUAAGACUGGACAUUUACACGUAAUGGAGGAACUUUGUGCAAUUUCAUUCCUGCAAGAGAUUGAGUACUGGGGCAUUGAUGAGCUUAGCAUUGACUCCUGUUGUAGAGACAAAUAUUUAAGAAGAAAGGAAAUGAGUGAAACUCUGAGUGUACAGAAAGAUUCAGAACCAAUUGAGAAUGAAGACGAGGACUUUUCCGGAGUAAUCUGUGAAAAGCUGCGGCAGAAACUUUGGGAGGUUAUGGAGAAACCAGAGUCUUCUAAGGCUGCAAAAACGUUUGGUACAUUAUCUGUAGUUUUUGUGCUCAUUUCCAUUGCAAACAUGUCUCUUAUCUCACUGGAUUUGAGCACACUGGAACCCUCUUUCCUGAAUGCAUUGGAAUAUAUUUGUAUAACAUGGUUUAGUGGGGAGUUGAUACUGAGAUUCAUAUGUGUGAAGGACAAGUGCAAGUUCAGUAAACGUGUGAUCAACAUAAUAGAUCUUCUUGCUAUCUUACCUUUUUAUGUUACUGUUCUGGUUGAGAAUUUCCACGGAGGCUCCUCAGAACUGGAAAAUGUAGGAAAGGUUGUUCAGAUCCUGAGGCUGAUGAGGGCACUGAGAAUGCUGAAACUGGGAAGACAUUCCACAGGUCUUAAAUCCCUAGGUAUGACUAUCACCCUGUGUUACGAAGAAGUCGGCAUGCUCCUACUUUUCCUUUCCGUGGGAAUUUCCAUUUUCUCCAACAUAGAAUAUGCUGUUGAACACAACAUGCCUGACACAUACUUUACAAGUGUCCCCUGCGCAUGGUGGUGGGCUACCACUUCUAUGACAACAGUUGGCUAUGGGGAUAUAAGACCUGACACCACAGUAGGCAAGAUAGUGGCAUGUCUGUGCAUCUUGUCUGGCAUUCUCAUCUUAUCUCUGCCGAUUGCAAUCAUCAAUGACAGGUUUUCUGCCUGUUAUUUUACAUUAAAGAUGAAGGAGGCUGUGUUACGGAACCGUGAAGUACUUGCAAAGCUUGCCAAAAAUUUCCCCUCAGAUGCUGUUGUCAACUUAAAUCUGAGAGACAUUUAUGCACGGAGUGUCGUGGAAAUGUUACGGCUAAAAAGCAGGGAGAGGGCAAGUACUAGAAGUAGCGGAGGAGAUGAUUUGUGGUGGUAAACAACAGUUUGUUAAAAUUACAGGCAGAGGUAUCAGAUCUAAUUUUUAUAGGUAAGUUAUUCCAAUCAGCAACAGCAGCAAAUGAAAAAGAUUUUCUUCCAGCAGCACUUUUAUCAGUCGGUACCCUGAAAUAUUUUGUGCCACUGGAAUUACGUAGGCUGUAUUCACAUAUAAACAGUUUAGAUAGACAGGUAGCAUAUCACAAACAACAAUAUACAAAACAAUUAAAAACAAAGCAUAAAUAUUGUAC